AUGUCACAAGCUGAUGCAUGCUCUCUGCUCUCCUCUAAUCCAACGCAGAUCAACGAUUUUGUGAAGCUGGGGGGAGCACAGAUGAUGCCGUACUAUGCAGCUGUGGUGGGCGCCAUUCUGCCCUGCAUCGCUGACAGGGAGGAGAAGAUUGCUGCGAUAGCUCGCGACACCAAUGAGGAGCAGCUGGCGAGGGUGAGGGAGCAGAGCGUGGCUGAUGGCUUCGACGUGCGGGCAGUUGUGGAGAUUGCCAGGCGGGAGCUGAGCAGCAGCUGGGAGGCCACAAGGCUGGAGGCGCUUGCAUGGAUUGCCACCCUUCUGCACCGCUUCCCACACCAGCUCCUGAACCUCAUGGAUGAUCCAUCCACUGCUCUUCUCGAGUCCUUGCUUGCGGCGCUGGCAGACGACUCAGACCAGGUGGUGCUAGGGGCGCUGUCAGUGCAGGCCACAGUGGCCAGCCACCCGCACCACUUCCACCGCCUGCUGCUGCUCCUCCUCCUGCGCUUCAACUCCGACCGCGCCCUCCUUGACAGCCUCUCCCUCUUCUCUUGCUGCUGCUCCUCCUCCUGUGCUUCAAAUCCGACCAUGCCCUCCUUGACAGGUGCCCUCUCUCCUCUCUGCAUGCUCCCCCACUCUGCUUGCUUUCCCUCUCUCUGCAUGCUCCCCCACUCUGCUUGCUUUCCCUCUCUCUGCAUGCUCCCCCACUCUGCUUGCUUUCCCUCUCUCUGCAUGCUCCCCCACUCUGCUUGCUUUCCCUCUCUCUGCAUGCUCUCCUG